CUCUUUCGCUCAGCCUUAUCGCCGCUGUUUCGUCUUAAAUUCUUGAAGGUACUCGCUCUCUCUCUCUUCUUGUUCAAGCUCCGUUAAUGGCGGAAAUGACAGAUCAAAGUUCGUUUUAUUUCCUUGUAAAUGGUUUGUUGCAGACUCUUUAUCUUGUUCGGUUUUCUUUGGGUCUUGUCAAAGUUUUCUGUUUUUAGUCUCCAGUCAAUACGUCUGUGUUGUUUGCCCGUUUUACAUUCUAUGAAAAUUGGUUUCUUCUGGUCAAAUGUAUUCGUUGGCUUAUUCUGUUUUUGAACAUCCUUUUUAUACACAAAAUCUAAAUCUCUCUGAAUUAGAAAUGAUCCGUUUUUCUUAACUAUUCCCCCUCCCACAACGAAUUUUCUUCGCUUCCCUCAAAUUCGAUCUGGGUGAAAACUAGACGAAGUUUGGGAGAAUUGUUACGAUCUUACCAAGGUUAGGCGUUCUUCUGUGGAUAAAAGUGGUUCAAAGAAGAUGAAUCAUUGCAACCUUCAGCAGAACGCCUUCAUGUCCUCCCAUGACGAGUCCAGAGGAUUUGUUGUUCCUGUCUCUUCUGUUGUUUGUCCUAAGCCCCGUCGCGUUAGCAUUCUCUCCAAUAACGUUAUUCAUCCGUUGAGAUCACAUUCUAGUCAACCAGGAGCAGCUGAUGUAUGUGAUUCUCAAGCCGGGGCAGAGCUUUUGGACAUCCUUCGUAGAAAGGAAGAAACAUUGUCUGGUGUAGCUUCAUCACCUCCAUUCUUCCUCGGGUCUCCCCCAAGCAGAGCAUCAAACCCGUUAGCUCAAGAUGCACGAUUUGGAGAUGAGAAGCUCAACCUUCUUUCACCCUCACUCUCAACAUUCCUCACAUCUCCUUCUCCAUCGCCAUCUCGUGUCAAAGGAGGGGGCUGUGGUGGUCGAGUGAAGUACGGGCUUAAACCGGCAGCUGUCAGAGUUGAAGGGUUCAACUGCUUAAACAGGGACCGCCAAAGCUCAAACAUAUCUGCCAUGGCUUAGAAGAAGAACAAAGAAGAAGGAACAGAGAUUCACAAAGUGUAAAUAAAAUCCAGAAUCAAGACUAUAUUUAUCUUUGAAGAUCAGUCUACAUCACCAGUUAAGCCUUUGACCACAGUUUUCUUUAACUUUGAGGUCAAUAUUUGUGUAUAUAUAUAUAACGGUAACAACAAAGAUGUGUUAUAUUGAGUCUCGUUGUAACAUAUUAAAACCAAUUUGGAGUCUUUGUUCCUUUUCCUUUUUUGUCUGUAAAAAGCUUGUAUAUUAACGUUUUUUUCUUUAUGGAGAUUCUCAAUCUUUGUAAAAUGUAACUUGGAUAAAUUUCAUAAAUAUGAAUGCUCUGUAUUAUUCAAACAA